AUGGCUCGAGCGUCUUCACGUCCGCGACCAUCGUACGUCGCCUUCCAAUGUGCUUCGUCCCCCCCAUCCUGGACAGUUCUCACCGCUAACGUUGCCGCUCAAUUGCAGACCGAAACGACGGGCGAGGCCGAGCACGAGCAGAUGGAGGAGAUCGAAGUGAUCUUCGGCAGCUUUGAGCGUAUCGAUGGGAAUGCAUUAGUCAAGUGCAGGAAUCUGCAGAAGCUCACGAUGGUGAACUGCAACCUCGAGGUGAUCUCCAACCUCGAACCAGUGGGAGCCUCGCUCACCCACUUGUGUCUGAGCAACCAGAACCUCACUCGAAUGAGCGGGUUGUCAUCGCUGCGUCAACUGCGACAUUUGUAUCUGCAGCAGAACCGCAUUAGUCGAAUCGAGGGGCUCGAAAGCUGUCGGAAGCUGAAAACGCUGUGGCUGUAUGAUAACUGCAUCACACGUGUGGAGAACCUUGGGUUUUGCACGGAUCUUAGAGAGUUGUGGCUUCAGAGCAACAAAAUUCAGACGCUGAAAGCUACAAGCGGCGGGAUCGCCGAGCUCGUGAACCUACAAAGGCUUAAUUUGGCGAAUAACCGUAUCCGCGAUGUGGACGAGUUCGAGCACCUUCGGAAACUCGUCGUACUGCGCCAGCUAACUUUCGCCGACGAACAUUUUGGCCCGAACCCAGUUGUUGCCCACCCAGACUACCGAUCCUUCGCCAUCACGAUUCUGAAGCAAUCCAUGGAAUUCAACGAUCAGUUAGCCGAACUAACUCUUGCCUAUCAGCAAGAGCUGCGCUCCAUUUCUACAAGGAAAGAGCGCGGCAUCUCAAAUGCCCAAAUGCUGCAACGAGAGCUCAUCGAGGCUCUGAAUGACGUCGAAGCGUGCGUUACCGCUGGACAGUCGCAGAUUGAGGAGGAGAAGCGGAGGCAGCUUCAGCUUCGCGAGCAAAACGCUCAGUUACUGCGAGAGAAUGUGGCCAAACUCCAAAAAGAUUUUUGCGCUUCGAUUAAGGAGCAGUGCGAGCGCGAGGAGAGAGCGUUGCUUGAAGAAGAACGCGACUACGAGAUUAUGGAGCUGGAAGCAAUGGCCGAACAAAACCAAGCGCUCACAAUUGCAACGCUGCAGAACGCAUUUCCAGGCAAGAUUGCAUUUCAGCAGCUACUGCAGCACAUGCCGGACUAUCGAUACAUCGCCGAGGGUUUUCGAAGACCGACAAACCAGCAGGAAGCACUGUACGGCAUGGGCGAUCAGGAUGACCGUGAAGUCCACAUCUUACAGAUCUACCGCUUCUUCCAUGGUGACUUGACUGAAGCGUUUGAAGCUGCCGCGGCGAGAACGGAUAUCGAAGGAGGUACCGGGGGCAGUGAGCUGUACCUGUACUUGAGCUUCAAUAUGCUGCUGUGUCAAGUGCGAAUGCCGCAGAUAAUUGAGCUGUUCCACCCAGAGAAGGCGCGUUUAGGCUCACUGGAAGCACUGCACAGUCUCGCAAGUCCACGAGGAUCUGUACUGCCACCACCGCCAUCAGCGUUCCUGCAACUUAACCUGGGCGACCGUGGCUCGUGGUCUGCUUCACCGUCAGGUGGCCACGUGUACAUGGCUCGUCGAGGAGCAGUGCACUCUCAGGUACUGCCACAAUUUGUGUUGCUUGAAAUGGUGCUAGCCCAGUUCCAGCAGCAACUCCGAGCUGAGGUGGACGCCUACCACGCGCGACUGUACCAUGAAAUGGACCCGGCCACUGUGCGCGUCCGAGCGCAGUUCCAGCACGAGAGCGAGCAGCUCCGCAGUCGGCUCAAGGGCAACGAGGACCGCAUCAACCAGGAAAAGCUGGAACAGGAGCGUCUACUGCGCACACUCCGAGGCGGAGGGGACGCGAAAGAGGAGCGGGGAAAUGGCAGGCGGCGAUGA